GAGCGAGCAGCUGUGCAGCCACUAGGCUCAAGUCGGGACCCAUUUUUGGGUAGUGAAGGCGGUUGCGUGUACUGAUUUUCUCCAGUGUAGCGCAGAGUCCAGAAUCGGCCCGGGCCCCGAGCCGCAAUGGCGGAUCGGGACUGGGAGGUUCGCAGUCAGGAGAGAUUCUGCAUGUGCCGGCGGGGAAGGUGGUUUGAACACCUGGCCUACACCAUCAGGGCCCGGGAAUACCAGCACAUUCUCCGUAUCGAGGAGGAGAGGGAGGAGGACCUCGAGGAGGAGGAGGAGAAGGUGGUGGAGGAGGAGAAGAAGACGAUGUCGGAGGAAAACGUGGGGCAGGAAAAGGAGAGGAAAUGGAAAAAGGAGAAGGUGGAGGAAGAGGUGGAGGAUAACGAGAAGGAAAAGAACACGAAAUUGGGAAAGAAUAUGGAGGUGGAGGAGGGCCAGAAGGAGCGGGAAAAGAAGAAGGACUUGGAAAAAGAGAAGAUGGAUUGGGAAGAGGAUAGCCCACCGCAGGUGGCGAUAUUCUGCGGGCUGGGGACGCUGUUCCCACGGCCGCGAAGAAUUUACCCCGAGGCGGGAGAUGGGGCCAAAGAGAAGGGGAAGAGAGGGGCGUUGGGCUGGUUGGGCCGUGCCCGCAGUACCACCACCAUUUUAUCGGAGAAGGUGGCCGGUGGCCGUGUGUAUAUGAAAAUCCAGGGGACGAAGAAGAAGAAGACAAGGGUGAUAUGGGCACGACAGGUGGAGAGAGCUUUGCGCCUCCCUUCAGAGCUGUGA